UUACCUCGUGGGACUUGUUUAUCAUUAAUUUUCUAAAAGUUUGCAACUUUUGUGUGAAAAGAUAAAAAUACAACUCAUCAAUAUGGGAAAACUCAACAAAAAGUUAACUCCUGUGAAACCGAUUCCGGCAAAGCAGAAAGCCGACCCAGAAGCCAAAACAUCCGGCCCGUUCCCCAUCUACCGGUCCAUGCCGGUACAGCUUAACGGUCCUGAACCGAAAAGCUUCAAAGUGCAGACGACCAAAAAAAACAAAGCCGUCACAAAACCAGUCACAACCACACCGAUUCCAGUUCCCGCCCCAGCCCAAGAUGACCCCGAGGACGCCAAAACCAAAACCAAGAAACUCCGAAAGCUGGCCAUCACUCGGCUGAACAAAAAAGACAAGAAAAAGUUCCGCAAGGAGGAGGUGCUCAAAAAGAUCGAGCUCACCCAGAGUGCCUUCAAGAGCGAGAAAGAAAAGAAAAAGCGCGAGAAAACGGCCGUCACCGGAGACAUGCGGCCCCUGCUGGACGCGCUGCCCUCGCUGGACUCGCUGUUCCAGCUCAAGUCGGCGGAAAAUCUCAAAACCGGCGUGCCCAAGUACGACAAGAAGGCCAAGCCGAAAACGAAACAGCAGCUCAAGGUGGAGCGGUUGAAGAAACAGAAGGGAGAGUUCCUGAACCGCUGCCAGAAGGUGAACCAGCUGUUGAAGUCGAAAAAGUACCGCAAGAAUCCGAAGAAAAUGAUCGCGGAGCACAUCAAGAACACGAGGAAGGAUCAGCUGAAGCUGCUGCUGGGGAGCUCGUAGAGUGGGCUGUUUAUUAUAUUUAAUUUGAAAUAAAAAUAUAUAUAAAGUAAACAA